AUGGCAUCGCCCGAAAUGGCAGCGGUGGAAAACCCGGAGAAGAUGGCUGCAGUUGAGGCCAGCGCAGAGGAACGUCCUUCGACGGAAUUGGUCAAUGCAUCUGGUCAUCGCCAAGAGCUCGAACGAAACUUCAGCUUGCUCAGUAUUUGUGCCGUCGCUGUUACUACAGGAAACACAUGGAUUGCUCAAGGUGGCAGUCUAAUAAGCAUUGCUGUUUCCGUCUGUUAUUGGAUGGUCGCAGCAUCUAUUGCAGAGCUCGCAUCAGCGAUGCCUUCUGCCAGUGGUGUCUACCACUGGGCCUCGAUUACUGCUGGAAAGUAUGGCCGUGUUUGCGGAUUCUUUGCUGGAUUCUGGAAUUGUCUUGCAUGGAUCCUAGGAGCUGCCUCCAUGUCCGCCAUCUUGGGCCAACAGACCGUCUCCAUGUACACGCUCAUGCAUCCUGACUUCGUCCCUCACGCAUGGCACACCUUCAUCAGCUUCAUCAUCUGCACCUGGAUGUGCUGCUGCAUUGUGCUAUUCAUGAACCGCUUCCUCCCUCACAUCGGUAAUCUUGGCAUGUUCUUCAUCCUUGCCGGUGUGCUCAUCACUAUCAUCGUCUGUGCCGUGAUGCCUCAUGUCAACGGCCAAGCAUAUCUCGAUGAUAAGACGGUGUGGCGCACUUGGAAUAACCAGACCGGCUGGUCAAGCAACGGCUUUGUCUUCGUUGCAGGAAUGCUCAAUGGUGCUUACAGUGUUGGCACUCCUGACUGCUCUAGCCACCUUGCGGAGGAAAUCCCACGGCCCAGCCGCAACAUCCCUAAGGCCGUCCUUGCUCAGAUGUCUGUCGGCUUCGUCACCGGUCUUCUCUAUAUGAUCGCGGUCUUCUAUUCCAUCAAUGACCUCGACUUGGUCAUGAGCAAUCCCUACGGUUUCCCUCUCGCCGAGAUCUACCGCCAAGCCACGGGUACUCGGAGUGGCUCCCUUGGAUUGCUGAUCGUUGCCUUCCUGCCCACUGUCAUCACAUGUGCCGGUUGCUACAUCACCGCUGGUCGUACCUUGUGGACCAUUUCUCGUGAUAAAGCGACCCCCUUCUCCGGCUGGCUGGGACGUAUCAAUACCCGGAUGCACAACCCUUUCAACGCAACCCUGGUCUGUGGUGUGAUUAUUACCAUCCUGGCUUGUAUUUACGUCGGAUCCACCACCGCUUUCAAUGCCUUCGUCGGCUGUUUCGUGCAGCUGUCCUCUCUUUCCUACCUCGCCGCCAUCCUUCCUCAUGUCCUCACCCGCCGCUCUACCUUCCAACCUGGCUACUUCUGGAUGGGACGCAUCGGCUACGUCCUCAAUAUCCUUGCCUCCAUCUACAUCAUUGCCUUUAUUGUGAUUUUCUGCUUCCCCUACUCCAUGCCCACCAGCGCUGCUACGAUGAACUACGCCAGUUUGAUGACCGGUGGACUUACCCUUUUCGUGGCCAUCUGGUGGUUCGUCCGUCGGGGCUCCUACGAAGGACCCAAGAACAUUCCUCUGACCGAUAAGGCCAUCCUGGACGACGCGAAGUAA